AAAAUAAGUUGGUGUUUGUAUUGUUAGGAGUCUGUGCUUAUCAAGAGUCCAUUCAAAUUCAUUUAUUGGUUGCCAAUGAUAGAGCCAGGUAAUUUCAAACAAACAUGUUCAGUACGUAUGGGGAAUGAAUGGGAAAGAAUGAUCCUUAAGUGUGCUGUGUGUGUUACCGGUCCUGCUUGACUCCGCGCGGGAUUCGAACCGGUGUCAGCCAGCAUGGGAGGCGGGCAUGCUGACAAGGAGGCUAAAGGCUACAGCCUCUAGCAUCAGUUGCUAGUGUGUCUCUUGAGGCCAGAGGAGUAAGGUUUACACAAUGCACAGCUAUCACAUACCAGGUGGCUCCUCUUACACUCACCACCCUAAACCUCACUCCCAUCCGGGUCAUGGCACCACUGUUACCAGUCCUGCUCGACCCGCUCCAAGCGGGAUUCGAACCAGCAUCAGCCAGCAUGGGAGGCGAGCGCGUUAACAAGGAGGCUAAAGACUACAGCCCAUAGCGUCAGUCGCUAGUGCACCUCUUGAGGCCAGGGGAGUGAGGUUUACACAUACCGCACAGUUAUCACGUACCAACUGGCUCCCAUUACAUGUUCAUGAAUUUGAUUCAUUCUUUAUGUUCAUUUCAGGACAGAUUGAAUAAAAGUGGCGUGGAGUGAUGUGGACAAACAUGAUAAGAGGCUGAACAAGUCGGAAUGACACAGGGUUUCCCUACAGCGACCUUAUUUCUGUUACUCUUCCUGACUGGAUUUGCUAUGGCUGGUAUCCAUCUCUGGCCUUCAAUGCACAUUGCCUUGAGCAAUGCCAGUGUUUUUGUGGAUUACAGCACUGACAGCAACCUGACUGACCACAAACUGACUGUAUCAUUGAUUGACAUCAACAGGAAUGUUACAGUACUCACCAGGUCACUUCCCUUUAACCAAUCAGAAGGGUCACUGGAGUUCAACUGCUCCUGCUUCCUGUAUGCAAGUAACUUCAGAUUCAGACUUGAGCAGAUACACAAGGUUGGUGUGUUUAACCAUUCUGCCAUCUGGUGGUGGAGCCCAAUUCUGCACGUGCACUGGCCCACCUUUCACCUGGCUGUGGAUCGUGGCAGCAACAACCGGAGCUCUAAUGAUUUCAGGAUUGGCGUGUACACUAGUGACUACUUCCAUCCUUGUCCUAGUAACAAAGCCUCAUCUUUAUACCUUGAUGUCAGCUACCUGGAACAAAUGCAGAUAGGGAGGAACACCAUUGACAAGUUGCAGAACCAGAUAAGACGCAAUAUCAAAGUGGUUAGGUCACAGCAUGUGGAGAUGACUUGUGCAUCCCCUCUAACAGAGCGUGGCUUCAUCCAGAUUUCAAUAAAAUCACCCCACACCCAGCAAGACAUCAAAUCUUCUGGUCCUCUCUACCUGUCCAGCAUCUUCCCCUACAAACUUCUUGUAGACAAUAUCUACAAAAGUGGCUGUGAUGGAGCUGUGUUAGUUCAUCGAAUCACUCCACCCUGUACAGUUACAAAUGGAAAAGUUCUGCUUUAUAAGGAGGAGAGUAAGGAGAAGGCUGCUUCUCAUCUGGCCUUCAACUUCCUCACGCAAGGGGAGAAUGAGACGGAGUUUAACUGCUCCAUCUUUGACACUGGCAGGAAUAAGUACUGCUUUCAUUUCACACUCGUCUACAGUCAGGCCAGUUUAACACACACCUGUGUUAUUGUGCAAAGGAAUACAAAAAUGUGGGGUCCAUGGCAGCCAUGGAGCGGUUGCAGUGUGACAUGUGGUGAAGGGGUUCGAGAGCGUGUACGUGAGUGUCUACUACCCUCUGGUGGUGGGAUGAAGUGCACUGGCAUGGUUAGGGAGCAAUCGCACUGUUCGCUGGAAGACUGCACUGAGGAGCUUUCCCCUCCAUCUGGCACCCAUCCCCCAGCUGUGAGCUCUCCCCUAGCUGGGAAUCUAGUAGUAGUGGCUGGGAUCUCCCUGUGCCUGGCUGUGAUCCUGGCCACCAUCCUAAUUACUGUGUGGAGAAAACUCUGCCGUGCUCCUAAAUGCAGCUCCAUGCGGCGCAGCUCCAUUCACUCUCCCAGUGGCCGAAAAAACUCUGAUGAGGCUUCUAUUUGUGGUCACAGCACGCAGAGACCCAGUUUCUCAGAGAGUUUGCAAGCAGCUCCCCUACAAAAGGGGCUAAACUUGCCUGCCAAGCAAGGGUCUUCCGACAGAGGUGUGCUUGCUCGACAGCAUAGCAUGUCUCUACCUCUUCCUCAAGUCCCGGAGAGAAUGUCUCCAUCUGGCCAAAAGAUCCUUCCCCCUAUUUUUGGCUAUCGCUUAGCUCAACAGCAGCUCAAAGAGAUGAAGAAGAAGGGGUUAAAAGAGGCCACUAAAGUCUAUCAUGUGUCCCAGAGUCCAGUUGAUGACACCAUGCUGGAAGCCUCAGCUUCAACCCCUGCAGGUCUAACUCCAGUGCCUCAGGAAGUUGACAGCCCAGAGGAAGCCAACAGCAGCCAAUUCCGCAUAAAGUCUCCCUUCCUUGAACCUACGUGGCCUCCAAAAAUCAUGGGCGCUUUGUCGGAUAGGCACAAGCUGGACAUGUUGCUGGGACCCCAAAAGUCUGCAUUCAGUGUCAACGCCCGCCGUCUUGAGCGCACAGCAGAUUGGGUGGAGAUGGUAGAGCGCAAUAGAGUGACCUACUCCAAUAAUCCAAAUUUCAGGAGGACAUCAAGCUUCCAUGAGAACAACCAGCAGCAGUUGCCUGCAUCGCAACUCUUCCGAGAGAGGAGCAUGACUCAAGUGACUUCUCGAAAUCGAACCUGGGAGCAGACACUUCCUGAACUUGAGGUCUGGUCCUGUUCCAAACCUAGUAUAACUAAUAGCUCGGGUGACCAUAGGAGGAGGCCAUGGGUGGACACUCCCCUAUCUCAGUCAAACUCAAAAGAUAAUACUUUAGCAGUUCCUAAUUCAGCUCCAAUAACACCCACUAAAGAUCCCCUUGUGAAUUAUCAAAGGCUGGCUCGGAGCCCUUCUUCCGCAAUGGACAGAGCAGAAAGGGCAGAACAGAACUUGAGCAGAAGAGGCCCCUCCCCCAUCCAGAGAAACAUCCUAGCCAGGAAGCUACGAGAGGCUAAUUCAUCUACCUGCCAAAGGCAACGCAGUUCCACAUUCUCUACCUCAGAACAGCGCAGGGGGCGCUGUCGCAGCCUUCCUCUCUCUGCGGAUUACAGCAGCUCCCCCUAUAGUCUCACUGAGUCAGAGCAGCACAUGAUGGACAUUUCUGUAUACUUGGGCGAGGAAGAUGGAGUAGAGGUUCUGAAUAUUCAAAGACUCACCUGAUUGAGCCAGAGUUUUUGUGAGUUUCCCAAACUCUGCUGAUGCAAACUCUUUAAAAUAAAUGUCUUUAUGGAAUGAAGCACUUGUUUAUAAUUGUGGGAGUCAGUUUUUCAAAAUUUUGCACCAUGUGGACAUGCAUAUCAGAUUUGAGAAGAUCUUUGUUGCUUGUUAAUGGGAUGAAUACAUCAAAUGAAAUCUUUAUGAUCAGUUUUAUACAGUGUUCCCAGUUUCUCACAUUGCAUUUUUACUAUGAAUUUGAAAAGACUUGUUAAUCUUAUGCAAACCACCCUCACAUAAAUGAUAUAUUAUUAUCACAAGAAUAUAACACAAUAUGAAUGCAUAAUAAUUGAAAUCAUGUUUUGGAUAACACAAAUGUUUGGAUUUGUUUGUACACUGGACAAUAUGAAAUUGCAGCUGUUGGAAGGAGAGAUGAAAAUAUAUACACAGUAAGAGUGUUUUUUCACUGUUGACAAAGUAAAAAAUGAAUCAAUA